CUCUAGUCUCUAUUAAGUAACGUUUUCUAAACGGAAACUCACGAUACUUACUUUUUCCACCUUCAAACAAACACAAAACAAAUCCCUCUCUCUCUCUCUCUAACAAACAAAGCUCUAGAGUCUUCUUGCUCUUCGUCUCCGACGACCUCAACCCUAAACCCUAACCCUAACCCUAACAAUGGCGGACGAUCCACUACUCUCCGAUCCAAUUCCGCCGUUCUGCUCCUCCGGCGACCUCACAUUACCCGAUGAUUUCACCUUUUUUGACGAAGCCGGCUUGGAUAUCACCUUCGACGACUUCAAUCUCCCGUCAGACACCGAAGAUUUUCUCAAUUCGACGGUAAAUCGCUCUAAUCUCUUUGAUCUAUCAACUUCUGAUCCUGAAUUUCAUGAUUUUGUCUCCAAUUGCUCUCCAAAUUGUAACGAAAAUUGCUCCGGUAAUUGUUCUGGAAAUUACGGUUCGGAUGUUGCCGGAUUCCUUAAUAUUCCGUCACCGGACGGUUCCGGUGUCGGUGACGGUUAUGGUGAUGAAAGUAUGAAGUCAGUUAGGGUUUUAGACAAUUUGUUGACGGAAUCGAGAGACGAGAAUCCGGUUUCGUCUCAAGGAUCUGGAAAUUGCGGUUCUGAUGGAUCGGAAGGUGCGAUGAAUAAUUCGAUGAAUUGUCCGUCGCCGGAGUCUGGAAAUUCGGUUGUGGAACAGAAGGUGAAGCGGGAGACGGAGACGGUGACGGUGUUGAAGAGGAAGAAUGAGAGUUGUGAUGUGAAUUCGACGGUUAAGUAUAGGAGGUCGAAUGAGGCGUCUGGAAUGACGGAGGAUUCGAGUCAGGUUGAUGAGAAGGACGAGAAGAAGAAGGCGAGGUUGAUUCGGAACCGUGAGAGCGCGCAGCUUUCGCGGCAGAGGAAGAAGCAUUAUGUCGAAGAGUUGGAGGAUAAAGUUAGGGCAAUGCAUGCGACUAUUCAGGAUUUAAACGCUAGGAUUACUUACUUCGCAGCCGAGAACGCGACUUUGAAGCAGCAGAUGGUUACUGGUGCCGGUGCUGGUGGUGUCGGUGGUGGUGUGUGUGCUCCGCCUGUGAUGUACCCGCCGCACCCUGGGAUGGCGCCAAUGGGAUAUCCAUGGAUGCCGUGUCCGCCUUACGUUGUUAAACCGCAGGGGUCUCAAGUGCCGUUAGUCCCAAUACCGCGACUGAAGCCUCAACAACCGGCAUCUUCACAGAAAUCUAAGAAGGUUGAGGUAAAGAAAGGUUCUGAAGGUGUAUCGAAAACUAAAACGAAAACUAAAAGGGUUGCGGGCAUUAGUUUUGUCGGAUUGUUGUUAUUUAUCUUGCUGUUUGGUGGGUUAGUUCCGAUAAUGAAUGUCAAGUUAGGUGGAGUAGUAACAAAUGGUGUUUAUUCCGUUAAGUCUAAUGAUUAUAAGAUAUACAAUCAGCAACAUCAUGGAAGAGUGUUGAUGAGUGACGAUCAUUUAAACGGGACUAAUCGUAACGCGAGUGAGCCGCUUGUGGCGUCUCUUUACGUUCCGAGGAACGAUAAGCUUGUGAAAAUCGACGGGAAUCUGAUAAUCCAUUCGGUUCUAGCGAGUGAGAAAGCUAUGGCGUCUAGGGAAGAACAAGGGAUGAGUAAAAAAGAAGAUCUCGGUUUGGCGGUUUCGCAAGAUUUGGUCCCUGCGAUUUCUAUUCCAGCGGUAAAAUUGAACGGUGGAAGACAACCACAUAUGUAUAGGUCUUCAAGUGAUCAUCAAAGGGCUCUGGCAUCAGAUAAGGAGAAUUUGAAGUCGAAACAUGCUGAUGGUAAAUUGCAACAGUGGUUUCGCGAAGGCCUUGCUGGACCUAUGUUGAGUUCCGGCAUGUGCACCGAAGUAUUUCAGUUUGACGUAUCGUCAGCCAUAGUUCCCGCCACAUCAGUAGUCAACAUCACCGCCACUGAAAACCACCACAACUCAACUUACAUCAGCACCAUGAAAAACCGAAGAAUCCUCCACGGUCUUCCGGUUCCCCUUUCCACUUCCGCCGUUAACCUCACAAAAGAACAAGUGUCGGCGGCGACAGAAGCAAACGAUCACGACUCAAACCACAACGAACCGCACCACAAAAACAAUUCUGUCUCACCGAUGGUGGUUUCUGUGUUGUUUGAUCCCCGUGAGGCGGGGGAUGGCGGUGAUGUGGACGGUGUGAUGGGUGGCGGCGCCAAGGGUAAGUCGUUUUCGAGAAUAUUUGUCGUGGUUUUGUUAGACAGUGUGAAGUAUGUGACGUACUCUUGCAUGCUUCCGUUAAAGGGAGCUAGUCAUCUAGUUACAGCUUAAAAGUAUGAAAGUUUUGUAGAUAGAGUCAAAGUCAAGAGUCAAGAGUCAUAAUAUGGAUGUGUUGUACUUUUGAAUCUAAUGGUGGUCUAGAUAUAGUAUGACUUAUGAAACUCAUGCCUAAGGCUAUCUAAUUAAUAGAAAUAAUGAUAAAGUUAUAGUUCCA